GGCACUCCAAGGUAAUGUUAAGAACAGUCGACACAGAUGUCGUCGUACUAGCAAUAUCUUGUGUGCCAAAGCUAGAAGGCCUAGAAGAACUAUGGGUGCACAUUGGAACAGGACGAAAUCACCAAUACCUGGCGUGUCACACUAUAUCUUCAUGUUUAGGCCCUGAAAGAACACACGUUGUGCCCUUAUUUCAUUCUUUCACCGGAUGUGACACAACCUCAUCCUUUAACGGAAGAGGGAAAAAAACCGCGUUUGAAGCUUGGAAAGCAUAUCCGAAUGUCACACGGGGGUUUGAAGCACUGUAUAGGGGGGAAUAUGACAGAGCGGACCCUGAAAUUCAAAAAUUUGUUAUUACCAUGUAUGACAGAUCAUGCCCCUCUGAGACAGUAAAUGAGUGUCGCAAGAAUUUAUUUACAAAAAAAGACAGGCAACUCGAUAAUUUGCCUCCUACUGAAGCUGCUCUCAAACAACAUACCUUAAGGGCAGUUUUACAGGCUGUUUAUGUUUGGGGGCAGUGCCUAAUAAAAAACCAGAAUAUUCCUUGCCCAUCUGAAUGGGGUUGGCAGAAAGAAGGAGAAGUUUGGGUGCCACUGUGGACCCAAAGUCCUAUGGCUGCUCAAGCAUGCCUGGAGUUGAUUAGAUGUAGGUGCUUGAAAUCUUGCAGAAACAAAUGUAAUUGCUCCAAACGCCAGCUCAAAUGCACAGAACUAUGUAAUUGUGGAGGAAAUUGUAAAUAAAUGUCUGUAAACUUUAA